GGGCGCCGGAAGCACAGCGCCCAGGUGGUGGCCUUGAAGUUCAUCCCCAAGGUGGGGAGGUCUGAGAAGGAGCUGAAGAACCUGCAGCGGGAGAUUGAGAUCAUGAGAGGCCUCCACCACCCCAACAUCAUCCAGAUGCUCGACAGCUUUGAGACCGACAAGGAGGUGGUAGUGGUGACUGACUACGCAGAGGGGGAGCUCUUCCAGAUCCUGGAGGAUGAUGGAAGUUUGCCCGAGGACCAGGUCCAGACCAUAGCUGCCCAACUGGUCUCUGCUCUCUAUUACCUGCACUCCCACCGCAUCCUGCACCGUGACAUGAAACCCCAGAACAUCCUGCUGGGCAAAGACGGCGUCGUCAAGCUCUGUGACUUUGGGUUUGCCCGUGCCAUGAGCAUCCACACCAUGGUGCUGACCUCUAUCAAAGGCACCCCGCUGUACAUGUCCCCUGAGCUGGUGGAGGAGCGGCCGUAUGACCACACAGCGGACCUGUGGUCUGUGGGCUGUAUCCUGUAUGAGCUGUUUGUGGGCACUCCUCCCUUCUACACCAGCAGCAUCUUCCAGCUCGUCAGCCUCAUCGUCAAGGACCCCAUCAAAUGGCCCGAGGCCAUAAGCCCAGUCUUCAAGAGCUUCCUGCAGGGAUUACUAAUGAAGGACCCCCACCAGCGCCUGUCGUGGCCGGAGCUGCUCUCUCACCCCUUCAUUGCUGGACGGGUUACUGUGAUUGAUGACACAGAAGAGCACGGGAUCUCAAACCCCUUCACCACCAAGCUGUCCCCAGAGCUGCAGGCCCUGAAGGAGCAGCAAGCCCAUUCCCUGGCCCCCAGGAGCGGUCAGUCCAGGAUCCUGAGAAAGGCCCGUCAGAAGAUGGCUGAGGAGGCACAGAAAAAGGGGCAACUGAAGGCAGGUGAUGCAUCUAUGAAGGACUCUGGCAAAGGAUGCCCAGGACUUAGACCCAGAGCAGCUCCUGGGAAGGCAGCCCUCGUGGAGGGGGAGCCACCGGCUGCCUCCAAAGAGAAAACCCCCAGUGUCCUGCAAGGAAAGAGCAGCAUGGCAGAGUGGGAGUUGGGGGAGCCUCCACCCAACCCACGGGAGCACAGCAUCACUCGAGACUACGAGUGGGAGUUUCCUGGAGCAGGGGCCCCUCCGCAGCCUGGUACUGGCAGGGCAGAGCCCCGGGGUAGGGGCAGCAUCGAGACCGUGGACCUGGAGAGUGAGGAGCUGGAGAGCGAUGAGGAGUGGCAGCACCUAAUCGAGGCCACAGAGCCCUUGGCCAUGCAGCUGAGCACACCGCUGAGCCUCCUGAGGGACCUGGCCUUCCAGCAGCGUGUCCAGGCCCGCCUGGCAGACUCUGCUCAGCAGGUGCUGGAAGGGAUGCUGGAGGGAGCCUCCCGUCUCCGCCCUGUGCUCCGUGUUGUGGGCAACCUCCUGGCUACCCAAUGUGACUCUGAGCUGCUGGACCACUUCUGCCGAGAGCUGAAUGUGCCUCUGUCCCUGCUGUGUCUAGCCAAGCAGAUCCUGGAGAGUGGUAGCACCAAGCAGCAGCCCUGGUGUAUCAUGGUGCUGACAGACCUCCUCAUGGUGACCACAGUUUAUUUCAGCAGUGAAUGCAGCCUGGAGGAGAGUGGGCAAAAGGACAGCCUGCAGGCCUUCCGGGAGAGUGCUGGCUGCUUCCUAGCCCUGCUGCCAGAGCUGCUGGCUGAGCCAGCCGACAGCAAGAUGAGACUCUGCCAGCAAAGCCUCCUGUGCUUCACCCUACUCUGUGAGAGCCUGGAUGCGACGUGCCCUUCCGUCUCUGCCUCCUUCUAUGCCGGCCUGCGAGAGGAGCAUCAGCCCCUGCUAAACAGACUCCUCCAGGGAUCCAUCUCAGAGCAGCCUGCUCUGCGAGGUGCAGCAAUGGAGGCCAGGUCAGCCCAUGACCAGAGCUUAUGUGUGGCAGACCUCUUCACGGCUGCAUUGGCUGCUGCCUGCAGCAUCCCCCUGGAGAGGAACAGCUGUCGGAAAGCCAAGCAGCAGGUCGCUCAGGAGGUAGCUGAAAAGCUUAUGGAGGGAGAGAGCCAGCAGCUUGGGAGGCUGCUGGGGAGACUGGAGCACCCAAGCUGCUCCUUGAACGUGCUCAAGAUCCUCUACGCUGGCUGCCAGCACCUGGGAAGGAGCCAGCGGCUGUGGGGUUCCCUCAUGCAGCUCUCAAAAGCCAAGGUCCUCAUGGCGGCGGUGGCCCAGGGGGCAGCCUGCGAGGCCUCACUGUAUCUGCUGGCCCUGCUCACCCUGCAGCUCCAGGCCUCCCCUCCCAGGCUUGAGGAGGUGGUUACCCUGGCCAUGGAUCUCAUCACCCAGUCUCCUGUCGUCUCCCUUGUGGGUGCUGCAGCAUUCCUCCUGACACAGCUCAGUCAGCAUGGGGUGGCCUUGGAGCUCAGGGGAGAAGAGAUCCUACCGGUGGUGACAAACGUGCUGACGGCACCUGCUGAGGAGGACGUGGCCAUGGAGCAGGGCUUUGCUGCCUCAGAGCUGUGGAGCGUGGUGUGGCAUUGUGUUGCUGCGGUGCUUCGCGUGGGCAGUGACAGGGCAGUGCUGGAGGGAGACACCCCAGGGGCAGGUCACCCCACGGCAGAGCCGGACUGGAACCUCCUCUCCCCUCAAGGCACCCUGCUCUUCCUCAGCCUGGCCCUCUUCGUCUUCACUCGCGAGUCCCACCGGUGCCUGCCUCAGCUCACCCAGUCCCACGGUGUCCUCAUGGUGACGCUGAAGAGGCUGCUGUCCCCCGGCUUCCUGGCAUGCCUGGCACAGACGCAAGCAGGAGAGGAUGGGGACCCUGAGCUCGUCCCAGCUGUGGUGAUCCAGGCCUGCCAGCUCCUCUGUUUCCCUUUUGCCCUGGAUGUGGAUGGAGACACCUUAGCAUUGGUCAUGGAGGCUGUGAGAGAUGCCCAGAUCCCUGCCCAGCUGUUGCAGGUCUGCUCUCACCAUCUGCCCUUCUCGUACACCGAGCUCCCCAUGAGCCUCUUGUGCCACCUCGUUGUGUCUGAUGAGCAGGUCAUCGACCAAAUGGUGAGGGCAGCCGCCGCCUCAGAGCACGUCAUUGCCUUCUUGACGUCCGCCUUGUUUACAGACAGCCUCACGCUCACAACUGACCUCCUGUCUCUCUUGACCCAUGUGGCCCGGGCCUGUCCGGAGCACCUGCCCUUUCUCCAGAGGAUCCUGAGGGGCUCGGAUGUGGCCGGCCAGCCACUGACCCGCCUGCUCGGCCACCGGCAACACGCGGUACGGGCCAAAACCUGCGCGGUGGGCAACGCCGCCUACCACGAGUCCUUGCCUGCCGGGACCCUGGGCAGGGCCGUGCCCAGGCUGACGUGGCUGUUGAGCGACGCGCAGGCCAGGACGCGCUGCAACGCGGCCUUGGCCCUGGGCAACCUGGGCCGGCGUUCGGUGGAGCUGGGGGACCUGCUGAUGGAGAGCAGGGCCCCCCACGUCCUGCGGGGGGUGCCCUGCCGGGACCCCCGGGAGAGCGUGCGAGAGGGAGCCCUCGUGGCGCUGCGGGCCCUCAGCCAGCACCCCGGGAUACAGCGGGGAAACAGUGGUGGUUACUAG